AUGAACACCCAAGAGCUGGAACUGCAAUCCAGAGUUGAGAACCAGAGACCAGAUUCACCUAGAGAAACCGGCCUACAUUCUUCUCCCAACGGGCCAAAGCUUCCCAAUUACAGGUGGUGGCUUCGGGUGAUCAUCUACAUCCUCUUUCUUCUCACAGGCCAAUCUGCAGCCACCCUCUUGGGAAGACUAUACUACGACAAAGGUGGCAAUAGCAAAUGGAUGGCAACGUUUGUUCAAUCAGCAGGCUUCCCAAUUCUUCUUCCUCUCCUCUGUUUUUUCCCAUCAUCAACCAAGUUAACCACAAACCCUGUUCACACCACUACUUCCUCUGCAACCAAAAUACCAAAGCUCUCUACUCUUGCCUUGCUCUACCUCGCGUUCGGUCUACUCUUGACCGGAGACAACAUGAUGUAUUCCUAUGGCCUUCUGUAUCUCCCAGUCUCCACUUACUCUUUACUAUGUGCAACUCAAUUGGCCUUCAAUGCAUUUUUCUCCUUCUUUCUUAAUUCCCAAAAGUUCACUCCUUUUAUCCUCAACUCUUUAGUUCUUGUUACCAUGUCUGCAUCGCUUCUCGCAAUCAAUGCAGACUCCGAAAACAAUACCAAUAAUAUCCCCAAAAGAAAGUAUGUGACUGGUUUCCUAUGCACACUUGGUGCCUCUGCUACUUACUCAUUGUACCUUUCCCUGGUACAACUUUCGUUCCAGAAGGUUAUAAAAUCGGAGACAUUUUCGACUGUUUUGAACAUGCAAAUAUACCCAUCAUUUUUUGCAACAUGUGGUUGUGUAGUUGGACUUUUUGCCAGUGGGGAAUGGAAGGGUUUGGAAAGUGAGAUGAAGGAAUACAAGCAAGGAAGGGUCUCUUAUAUAAUGACUCUGUUUUGGACUGCUGUGACAUGGCAAAUUUCCUCUGUGGGUUUGUUGGGGUUGAUUUUUGAAGUGUCUUCUCUGUUCUCCAAUGUCAUCAGUACUUUGGCUCUGCCUCUUGUUCCCAUUCUUGCUGUAAUAUUUUUCCACGAUAAGAUGGACGGGGUGAAGGUGAUGGCGAUGUUGUUGGCAAUCUGGGGCUUUCUUUCCUAUAUCUAUCAGAAUUAUCGAGAUGUCUCAGAAUCGAAGGCAAAAGAAAGUAAUGACAAUUAA